UAUAUAAUUCUAACUUUUUUUUCUUUCAUUGAAUUAGUAAUGGUUCAACUAAGGAAAGUACAUUGCAUUGCUGCCAUUGACUCAGAGUGGGGAAUUGGAUUGAAAGGCAAGUUACCUUGGAACUUACCAAGAGAAUAUAAAUUUUUUCAAAACAUAACCACUAAGGUAAUAUCAGAAGGAAAGCAGAAUGCUGUUAUUAUGGGUAAAAAUACCUGGUUUUCAAUACCACAACAACAUCGCCCUUUAAAAAAUCGUUUAAAUGUUAUUUUAAGUAGCUCAUUUAUUAAAGAGGAUUAUCCAAAAAACGUCUUACUAGAGUCCUCCUUAGAAGCAGCAAUUUUAAGAUUAUCUGAUGAGUUUUAUGCAAACACAGUUGAAAACAUAUUUGUUAUAGGCGGUUCCCGUGUUUAUAAAGAAGCAAUGGAAAAGUUUUGUGAUAAAAUUUACUUGACAAAAAUUGAACAAGAUUAUUCAUGUGAUGUUUUCUAUCCAAUUUUUGAUACAAACAAAUUCAAAGAAAUUGAUGAUGAGGAAGUUGAUAAAAAUAAGCAGAUAGAAAAUGGAGUUUCCUAUACAUUUCAUGUUUAUUCAUCUAAUUAUACUGUAUAAAAUAUAUUUGAUAAAAAAAAAAAUUAACAAACAA